AUGGACAAAACGAUAGUACUAUUAAUGGAUAACCAAUUCAGAAAGCUUCCAGCCGACAACGCAGUGAAUACAAAGUUGUUUCUGGAGUCAGUGGCAUAUCUUCCACCUUUUUUUUACUGCCUGGGGUCAAAAGUAUUUGCUCCUAUCAAAUCAGACAUCAGUGGCAAUAUAACAAAAAUCCGAGGUGUGUUUGACAAGGACCCUGCCAAGUAUGCAACUCUACAGCAGAUAGUGGAGGCAGAGAAGGAGACACGUGGCACAGAGUGGCCCAAAGUGGGAGCCACCUUGGCCCUAAUGUGGCUGAAGAGAGGUCUCUGUUUCAUUCAGAUCCUGCUGCAGAGCUUGGCAGACGGAGAGAAAGACGAGAACAACCCUCACCUCAUCCGUGUUAACAUCACCAAAGCCUACGACCAGGCCCUGAAGAAAUACCACGGCUGUCUCGUGCAGAAGAUCUUUAAGGCGGUGUUGCUUGCAGCACCCUACAAGUCAGACUUUAUCAAGGCCCUGUCAAAAGGUCAAGAGGUCACAGAGGAGGACUGCAUGGCUAGUGUAUGCCAGUUCCUCGUCAAUUUCACAGCCACUGUGGAUGCCAUCUAUGAGAUGUGCACAACGCUGAAUGCAGAGCUGGACUGUAGCGUGUGAUGUUGUCCCCCAAACCGGACUGCAGCAGCAUCCUGCUUGUUACUUUCUUUGCCUUCUGUUUUUCGUCCUUUCUCUCAGGUGAUGGGACAUUCCAUCUUUUGAGGGUUGAGGAUUCUAUUUCAAAGAAGACGUUUUCAUCCGUGUCACCAUUUUUAUUAUUACUUUUCUGUCCCUCCUUUUAAAUCCCUCCCUACUGAAUGUUGAUAGUUUGGCCCAUGAUGAGUUGCUACUGGACAGAAAGUGGCAUAUUCCGUGUUGAGUGUUUUUUAAUUCGUACAGGUCUAGCACAGCUCUUGGUGCGGUCUGAUGCUGCUACACAUGAUUCACCACAGGUAAGAGACAUUCAGAAGUGAUAUCCUGAGAUCUGGUCAGUGUUAUUUUAAUACAGCAUCUCUUUCUCUGUGGGAGGGGAGAAUAUUCCUGCUAUUGAUUCGCAUUGCACAUGACUCAUAAAAUUCCUACUGUAACUCUGCCAAGAAAUGUGAAAAAAAAAGCUUGGUCCCAGGGAUGUACUGGGCCGUACACACUACCCUCUGUAGUGCCUUGUGGUCGGAGGCCGAGCAGUUGCCAUACCAGGCAGUGAUGCAACCAGUCAGG